AUGGCCGUCUUCUCCGGCGCCGAUAUGGCAUUUGUGUAUGAAGGUUUUCUGACGGACCUGGAGUGUGAUCAUCUGAUCUCCCUUGCGAAAGAGAAUCUGCAGAGAUCUGCGGUUGCUGAUAACGAUAAUGGCGAGAGUCAAGUCAGUGACGUUCGUACCAGCUCCGGCAUGUUUAUCUCCAAAGCAAAGGAUCCUGUUGUUUCCGAUAUAGAGGACAAGCUCUCCACAUGUAAAACUCUUCAUGUAAAUUUUUUUGUUACAAGAAAUCCAAGUAAGUUUCUCCCAAUGGACCAUUAAAAAAACAUGGUUUCUUUUAAUGGUUUUUUGGUUCCAAAUCAAUUCAUUAAAUAAUG